AUGAUGCGGGCUCUGUCAAAGGCAACGUCGGUUUUGAUUGCGUUGGCAUUCCUUACUGUGGAUCAGGCGCUAUCACAAGCUCGCACAACAUGUAGAAAGGGAGCUAAGAAACAGCCACAUCUCAAAGAUUUGUGGCAACAAGAUUUUCCCAAUGACCUGGAAGUAGAGGCUCUCUGCGAAGGAACAAUUACUGUCAUGGAUGAUGGAGAAAUCUGUAUUGAUGGGAGAGUGACUUAUGGCCAAUUGGCUGACGCAUUGGGCACACCUGUUCGACAACCAUCAAACCCGACAAUUUCUAUAACAGGCCACUUGAUCUCAGGGAGUGGCAGUGUCUUUCUUGGAAUGGAGUCCAAUUUUCUCUAUGACUUUGUCACCAGCUAUUCUGUUGGCAGCAACAGCAAUAUCCCAGCUGGACCCAACAUGACUGACGACUUGUUGGCGGCUAGUCGAGGACAGAUCAAUGGUGUUUGUCUGGAUAAAACAUUCACCCAGCCAGAAGAAUUUUAUGCAGUCACUCACGACUUUUGGAUUCCGAAAAACGCAAAAGAAGACAAGUUUGCACAGGCCAAUGCCAUUUACGUCAGCCGAUACUCUAUUGUUGCAGAGUACUGGCAACCAACAAAUGUUGCCCCCUUUUUUGGUACCAUUUUGUCAACCGUAACAAAUUUGUUUGAGACCUUUCUUCCAAGCUGGAUCUACCAAUACGUUCCUCUACUUGGUUUCACGGGUAUCCAAAGAUUGCUAGUUGUCGGUAGCUUGUCAAGCGCGCAAUUCCCUGUCGCCAUACCCAUCUUCGCAGAUUUGGAUUCUGAGGACUAUGGAAUUGACACUGAAUGGGAUACGCUGAUGUCUGCAAUGGAAGAUGGCCUGUUUACCAAAGAUACCCUUCCUCUCUACUUUGGAGUGCUCAUUAGAAAGGUCUCUGCGGGCACAGAGAAGUCCUGUUGGUCAGUUCCGAUUGCUACCAUUGAUAUUUAUGCACCAAAGGGAAGUGGUGAUCAAUUGAACAAGUUCAUCAAAGAGACAGUUGUGCCUUACCUCAAGAGCCGAGGCAAUGUGGGACUACACUUUGGGAAACGAUUGGAUAGUGGUUCGGAACUCCUGUCCUUGGCACUCUCUACGUACAACAGACAGUGUGGAGUGGAAUUGGGCGUGACACCGACAGAAGGCUGCUACCAUCCUGCCUGCAAUCGGGAAAGCACCUUGACGAACUUCACGUGGCCACCAUCCUUAUACCAACCUGCCAAACAGAUGCAGAGUAGGUCCAGAGAGGACAAGAGAUGCAGUUUUGACUAG